AUGAGGGUCCGCAUGGCCAUUCUCCUCCUAUUCCUCAUCGAAGCCGCGUUGACGUCGGCGGACAGGCGUGCCGUGGACCUGCAGCGGGAGAAAGCCACUCUGCUGGCUCUGAAGCAGGGGCUCACGCUGACGUCGGCGGCGGCGGCCUUGGCGGACUGGAACGAGUCCAACAGCAACGUCUGCGGCUUCACCGGCGUCACCUGUGACUGGCGGCGGGAGCACGUUGUUGGGCUCUCUCUCGCCAACAUGGGCAUCACUGGCGCUAUUCCAUCAGUCAUUGGCGAGCUCUCGCACCUCCGGAGCCUCGACGUGUCCAACAACAACGUCUCUGGCCCGGUACCGACGUCCGUCGGCAACCUCACGCGUCUCGAGAGUCUCUUCAUGAACAACAACAAUAUCUAUGGCACCACGGCUUCCAUCUUCAGCAACCUGUUACCACUCCGGAGGCUCCGGAACCUCGACGUCUCCUACAAUCGCAUCAUCGGUGCCAUUCCGCUGGCCAUCGGCAGCCUUGGGCAGCUCCAAAGCCUCAAAGUCUCCGGCAACUACAUCUCCGGCACCGUCCCUCCGUCCAUCGGCAACCUGACUCUCCUAGAGCACUUCGAGAUGCAUGACGACUUCAUCUCUGGAGAAAUACCUCUGGCCAUCUGCAACCUAACAAGCCUCAAGGAUCUGGAUAUGUCCGUCAACAACCUCACGGGGCAGAUUCCAGCUGAGCUCUCCAACCUCCGGAACCUUGAAGCCAUUGACCUCGGCAGUAACCAACUCCAUGGAGGAAUACCACCUUCCCUUUCCGAGCUCACGGCCAUGUUCUAUCUCGUACUCGUGCAAAACAACCUGUCCGGGAACAUCCCACCAGCUAUCUUCCUCAACUGCACAGUGUUGGGCCUCGUCGACCUCGGCAGUAACCAUCUUUUUGGCGAGAUCCCCCGUGCCAUCUCGAGCACCGAAAGAUGCUUGUUUGUCGUCCUCAGCCUCUACUCCAACAAUCUGAGAGGGACGCUUCCACGGUGGCUCUCUAACUGCACCCGGCUGAUGAUUCUAGAUGUGGAGAACAACUUGUUGGACGAUGAGCUGCCUACGAGUAUCAUCUCGGGCAACCCGUACCUCUUGUACCUGCAUUUGUCUAACAACCGUUUCCGGAGCCACGACGACAACAACCUGGAACCAUUCUUCGCAGCACUGUCUAACUGCACGAGCUUACGGGAUGCAGGGGGGAUGUGGGAACAUGUGUCGAGCGGGCUCGUGCCGACGUCAACCGAGCCCUUUUUGCCGAGCUGGCUCAUAUCGGAGCUCGCAUCCCUUGGCCUGCUGCGUAUCGUGCUGUCCAACAACGCCCUGAAGGGCGAGAUCCCGCCGUCCAUUGGCGACUCCACGAACCUCGGUGAGCUCGACCUUUCAGGCAACAUGCUCUCAGGGAGCAUCCCGAGCAGCAUCGAGAGCCUUGCCGAGCUCCGUGUUCUCUCGCUGCAGAGGAACCGACUGUCGGGGCAGAUACCAGUAGCGAGCCUUGGCCGCUGCACCAAACUGAUUCGCCUUGACCUCUCAAGCAACCGCUUCAACGGCACCUUAUAUUAA